ACCCCCAUGUACUUCUUCCUGGGGAACUUGUCCUGCUUGGAGACCUGCUACACCUCCACCAUCCUGCCCAGGAUGCUGGCCAGUCUCCUGACUGGGGAUAGAACCAUUUCAUAUAGCGGCUGCAUCACACAACUGUACUUCUUUGUAUUCAUGGUGACUGCCGAAUGUUUCCUCCUAUUAGUCAUGUCUUAUGACCGCUACUUAGCAAUAUGCAAUCCCUUGCAUUAUGCAGCACUUAUGAGAAGCUGGGUUCGCAUACAGCUAGUGUCUGGCUCUUGGAUAAUGGCCUUCUUUACUAGUACCUUGAUAACUCUUUUGAUGGCCAGGUUAACAUUCUGUGGCCCCAACAAAAUUGACCAUUUCUUUUGUGAUUUUGCCCUGAUGCUCAAACUCUCCUGCAGUGACACCAGCCUGAUUGAAGUGGUGAAUCUAUUACUGUGUUUUGCAAUUAUACUUCCUACAUUCCUGUUAACCCUGAUGUGCUAUGUUUGUAUCAUUGCCACCAUCCUGAGAAUCCCCUCUACCACCGAGAGGCAAAAGGCCUUUUCCACCUGUUCCUCCCACCUCAUCGUAGUUGCUACUUUCUAUGGCUCACUCAUCAUUAGUUACAUGAUACCAACUGCUGGCACUGCAGGAGACCUGCACAAAGUGUUCUCUGUCUUCUAUACUGUCCUGACACCCUUGGUCAAUCCUCUCAUCUACAGCCUGAGAAACAAAGUGGUCAAAGAGGCAUUGAAGAAAGCUGGAGGCAAACUGGCUGCUUUCAUAAGGAGGUGA